AAUUGGGAUAUUCUCGACGGACUUCACUACGCUUGAUGGAGGCGCGGGUUCUUGUACUGAACUGAACUAAGCUUAAUGAAGCCAUUACACUUUUUUCGCUAGUUCGACUGGAUUCGGUUAAUAAAACGUAGCUCAUUCUAAGGAAAAUCGAUCAAAAUGGUUACUUUACAGAGUGCAUCUUUACCAUCUUUGCCAACAACUAGCAAUGCAAGCGAAAUUACAAAGUAUAUAAAGCAAAACAUUGACCUUAAUCAUGGUCAAGAAUACAGAUCAGAAAAAGUCAAAUCAAGGUCAGGACAUUCUUUUGACUCUUAUCGCAGCGACGAUCAAUGGAAGCUUAAUAUGCUUCGAAGAAUGGGUCAAAAGCAAUGUGGCUUUUUCGCAAAAACAGAUAUUCCUUACAAAGAAUGCGGAAAUGUCGAAUUGUUUUCAAGACGUUUAGUACUUAACAGCCUACAAAAGCUUGGUUAUAACUUUGAAAAUAAGGUCAACCUUCAUAAUACAGAACCAGGACUUGAAGACAAAAGUAAAGAAAAUGGCGACGUUGAACAGGGAGAGAAAACAGUUAGAAAGAACUCGAGUCGUCCUCGCCAGAAAAUGGAAAAUGAGAAUGGCAUGUCAGAAAUAAAAGAAUGUUUGCGAAAAGCGGAGAAGAGGAUAGUUUCUGUAAAAGCUGGUCAACCACUCAACGCUUACAUACAAAAAGAACAAGAGGAAAAGGAGCUGCGUUUAAAACAAGAAGAAGAGAAAAACAAUAAUACACUGGAUAUGCUUUUAAUAGAUCCACUGGAACCAGGCGGCAUGGAGGUUGCCAUGACAAUGGGAAAUGGCGACAAGCACGCUAAAAAGGAACUUUCUGAACGAAUUAAAGAACGUAUCCUCAUCAAAAAUAAAAUAAUUUUUCAGCCAAAAAGACCUACACAAUGUCGUAAAAAGUCAAAUUUUGUGAAGAAGCUGGACUGUUUAAUUUCACUCUUAACCAGCAUAAACAAUUUGAAGAUGCGUGACUUAAAAACAAAGGUACCGUUAUCCAAAGAAUCACUAAAAAUACUUCGCAAGCGACCGCUAUGCGAUCCGUUACAACCUAAUCGACUUAGCAGGAAAUCUAUUAUGGUAACCAAUAAUGUAGUCCCACCUGCUCAGCAUUUGGAAACUAACAAAACGAACAGGCUUUUACCUCCUAUACUUUUUGAAAACACAAGUCGACUGGAAUUAGCAAGCCCAGCGGCGACGACAAUCCCUCGGAAAAGAAAUUUUCACCAACGACACAAGAAUUCUCCCGUGGUCCCAUCCAUCAAUGUUACGAAGAUGGAGACCUGGGACGAUUUAAUGUCAACGGAAGCCAACUCAUCACGCACAAACAGCGCGACAUUGGAACUGUUAAACAAUAAUUUGAGAGGAGCAUCACGUACGGGCGUCAUUCGAAAAUACAGCAUGUACAAACGGCUGCAUCAGCAUUAUUUUUGUUUAACUGUUAACCAAACCAAAAAUUUUGCUCAAAGUAAUACAACUGUCAUUAAAUAG